AUGGGGAAGAAAGUGGAGGCAGUGCGAAAUAGCGUACUGAGUGAAGAACGAGUGUAUGAUUCCAGCGACGAGGACGAAAAUGAACAGUCGUCUGAGCAGGAAACUCCGAAACCCAAGUCGAAAUCAUCUCAAUCGAAGACUCCAAAUGGUAUCAAGACUUUCUCGCAAAAGACCAGUCAGAGGCUUCCGUCUUCGAAUGCAUCAUCUUCCGCAACAGCUUCAGAUAAUGACACCGAAGAAGACGAGGACGAAGAACAAGAUGGAGUAGAAGACGAGGUCGAGGAUGAGGAGGAUGACUCAGACAACGAGUCAGCAUCGACUCCGAGUCCUUCGUCUAGCCGAAAGAGACUGUCUCCAGGAGUUCCAGAGACUCCCUCAAGCAAGAGGGUUAAGACAACUACACGAGACAAAGUCAGCAUCCCUCCAAAACCCUUCCAACGGCCCAAAGGCUACGAACCGCUCACGUGGUCGGCCUCGGACUACGCGUCCGACAUGGAUCUAUUCGACGACUUGUCCAAUAAACAAAUAUGGCACAUUUCAGUACCCAGUUCAGUCUCCAUUGACUCCAUCAAAGAGCUCGACAUUGAGGCGGUGUUGAGGGGACAACCGAUCCUGAGUCGGAAUGGUAUCGACUACGGCAUGAACCCUCUUCCGUCCAAGGACGAGGUGAUCCUCCUGCCCCACGGCUCCGACGGAAAGUACAAGCAAUGCGCCCGGAAGAUCGAAAGAAGUUUUCUCAUGCGAGAGGUCGACACGGCCAAGUCCACAUCUCCGUCAAAGGCAGAUAAUCCGCAGGUGGUCUUCACAGCGACCCAGAUUGGUGCGCCCAAACAAAUCCGAAAACAGCCCGAAGGACUCAAGAUGCGCUACGUGCCAUAUGGAGUGUCGCCGUCACAGGUCGACAGAGAAGAAGAUGUGGAGAUGCGUGAUACAUUGCACAUUCCACCCGACGUCGACGCUCAGAUGUCUUCUUCCCCGGUCCAGUCUAGAAAAGCACGACGAAAUCAAACCAAUGGAGAAGCCGCCAACGAAAAGAGUCCGGAGAAGAAGCUGCGGGGUGCAGAUGACACACCAGCCUCGAGCGAGAAGAAGAAGAAAAAGAAGCGGAAGCUGGUAGACGAGAAGGUGUUGUAA